AGGCGGGGCCUCGGAGGGAGACGCCGGGGCGGACCGGAGCGCUAGACGCCGCGCCCUAUGGCCGAAUCUGCCGGGCUGUUACCGGCCGGCCGCAAGGCCCGGGCCCACCGCGCCUCUCGAAAGGCCUCAGGUAGUAAACAGAAAAGUACCUUGAAACAGGAAGAUGCUUCUAAAAGGAAAGCAGAACUAGAAGAGACUAUGAGAAAGAAGAUUGAGUUUGAGAGAAAAGCUCUACAUAUUGUUGAACAACUUUUAGAAGAGAAUAUUACAGAAGAAUUCUUAAUGGAGUGUGGGAAGUGUAUCACACCUGCUCACUACAGCGAUGUCGUGGAUGAACGUUCUAUUAUCAAGCUCUGUGGUUAUCCCUUAUGUCACAAGAAGCUAGGAAUAGUACCAAAACAGAAAUAUAAAAUUUCUACCAAAACCAAUAAAGUCUAUGAUAUUACUGAGAGAAAGUGUUUUUGCAGCAAUUUUUGUUAUAAAGCAUCUAAGUUUUUUGAAGCACAAAUUCCUAAAACUCCAGUAUGGGUUCGAGAAGAAGAAAGGCACCCUGAUUUUCAGCUGCUACAGGAGGGACAAAGUGGCCAUUCUGGAGAAGAAGUACAGUUAUGCAGUAAGACCAUUAAAACAUCAGAUGUUGACAAUCCUGGCCAUAUUGAGAAGCAAUAUGAAUCUAAUUCUUCUAGCAUUCAUAGUGAUAGUAGCAGUGAUAAUGAGCAAGACUUUGUUUCCUCCAUUCUACCAGGAAACAGACCAAAUGCAACGGGUACAAGGCAACAGCUGCACAUAAAAAGCAUCAUGAAAAAGAAAGCUCGUCAAAAAUCUAACUUCAAGCAAAAAGACAAAAAACAGGCAGUAAUAAGUAUUACUGAGCAGUUAGGCAAUUGCAGAUUAGAUAGUCAGGAGAAAGCUGCUACUUGUGAACUUCCUUUACAGAAGGAAAAUACUCAGGUUUCUUUAAAUAGUCCUUCAAGAGAAAACUUAGAUGCUUCAGAAAUUCCUGAAAAUAAAUACAAUAGUUCAGAAAUAACUUUAGUAGGCAUAAGUAAGAAAAGUGCUGAACAUUUUAAGAGGAAAUUUGUCAAAUCAAACCAAGUUUCUAGGUCAGCUUCUAGUUCAGUGCAGGUGUGUCCUGAAGUUGCGAAGGCAAACUUACUUAAAGUUCUGAAGGAGACUUUGAUUGAGUGGAAGACAGAAGAAACUUUGAGGUUUUUGUAUGGCCAGAAUUAUGCUUCUGUGUGUCCAAAACCCUCUUCAGACCCUCUGGUUAAAGAAGAAGAGCUUGAUGAAGAUGACAUAAACUCUGACCCAGAUAGUCAUUCCCCCACCUUGCGGGAAUCUCAGGACAGCUUGGAUGAGUCUUUGCCUUUCAGGGCCUCAGAUACAGCCAUUAAACCACUGCCAAGUUAUGAGAGCUUGAAAAAGGAAACUGAAACAUUAAACCUAAGGAUCAGAGAGUUUUAUAGAGGACAGUAUGUUUUAAAUGAAGAAACCACCAAAUCACAAGACUCAGAAGAGCAUGAUCCCACCUUUCCACUGAUAGAUUCAAGUUCUCAGAACCAGAUUAGAAAACGCAUCGUACUUGAAAAAUUGAGUAAAGUAUUGCCUGGACUUUUGGGGCCUCUUCAGAUUACAUUAGGAGAUAUUUACACACAACUUAAAAAUCUUGUUCGAACUUUCAGAUUAACAAAUAGAAAUAUUAUACACAAGCCUGCAGAAUGGACCUUAAUUGCUAUGGUGUUGCUGUCAUUGUGAUAUAAUCCAAACAUUCAUUAUAAAUUACUAGAGGCCUGGCGCACGAAAUUCAUGCAUGGAGUGGUGGGAUCCCUCAGCCCAGCCUGUACCCUCUUGCAAUCCGGGACCCCUCAGACAUCCCUCUCUCAACCCAGGACUGCUGGCUCCUAACCGCUCACCUGCCUGCCUAAUCGCCCCUAACCACUCUGCCUGCCUACCUGAUCACCCCUAACCUCUCGCCUGCCUGCCUGAUCGCCCCUAACCACUCGCCUGCCUGCUUGAUCACCCCUAACUACUCGCCUGCCUACCUCAUAUCCCCUAACCACUCUGCCUGCCUCCUGAUCGACCCUGACUGCUCACCUGCCUGCCUGAUCACCCCUAACCACCUCUGCCUCAGCCCCCACCACUGCGGCUUCAUCUUUCAAGGACAUUUGGAAUGAUGUCUAGAAGGUCGUUCAGCUGUCCGGUCUAAUUAGCAUAUUACACUUUUAUUAUUAUAGAUGUUUUUAAAGCAAUUCUCAGCUUCAAGCUUCUCCCCACAACUUCCUUUCCCCAAGUGGAAAGAAAAAACUUCAUUAAUUUUCCUUUCUGAGCAGAAUUUUGGUGGGUUUUGCUGCCAUGAAGAACAUGUUAUAGAUCCAGACUUUUAGGCAUCUUUCUGUAAUUAAUAAUAUGUUUGAUCUUUCCAGUUUUUUUCUGAGAUUUCUCUUCUGCUUGUAUUAGGAAAGCCUCUCCCUGGGAAUGUUGAUAAAUCAGAAAGACUUCAUCUCUGCCAUGACAAAAACAUGUUGAGGACUGAAGCCCCCUUAUUCCUUCCCAUUUCAUGAAUAUGUAUUUAAUAUUUUUG